CCGUCGAGGAACUCGAGUUGUAUGCGAAUUUCGGUGCCCGCGACACACGCACGAGGUUUUCGGAAAUCGUUUGAAGACUGAUAGAAAUCGGGUCCGAUUUUUGCAAAUAAACGUAAAUACAUUCGUGCCGCGAAAUGCGUCGAUCACUAUAAAACUAAUGAUCAAACCUAAAAAAAACCUGGAAGACAGAUCUCUUCUGCUAGACUGCUCGAAAUGGAAGAAACUCCGGUCCGAUAAACUGUCUCGGAAUGUUUCAAAUUUUUUCACGUAAAAAAUUUGCAUGUGAAAAUGAGGCGUCGGACACAGCCAUGAUUAAUCGCGGCCUAAACCGAGAAAGGGCUCGACUCUGAAAGUUCAGUCGUGCGAAAGGAACCGAAGAAAACGCGGACGUGACUCGACUGAUAGGCGCGCGACCGACGAAUUUGGGAGUUAUACUGGUGAAUUUCCGGGGAUACGCUGCUGGUGUGUGCUGGUGACAGAGAGAAAUCGAUCUCUAAGCAAUCUCUUUCUCUCUCUCUCUCUCUCUCUCUCUCUAAGCAUCUCCAACUCCGAUUUGUAUUGGACGAUAAAAAAUUAAUGUACAUCUUUAAAUCAAUCAAGCGAUAUGCUUAAUAAAAGUGUAAUUAACAAAUAUAUAUUUUAAAUAUUAUGUGUAUUGUUCGGAAUAAUCAGUGAUUCCGGCCCAUCGCUUAUGUAAUUCACGCGGAAAGUAUCCAAGAAAAUAUCCAAAUUAUUCCAAGAAGGAAUAAUUUCCGAAGGCCAGACAAUUUUUUUACUCGCAAUUGAAGUUUAAGAAAAAAACGCAGACGUCGAACUAUCGAGGAUCUAUGAAGAACGUCACGAAAAUUUUGUACCAAAGUAUUGCAACGUAUUUAUGAAGUCGCUGCGCUGACGUAUAAAGCAUGACACGUCAGACCGCCGAAUGUGAUGUUCGGUGAAGGACUCCAGGAAGGUCUCACGGAAGUUAGUAUGCACGAGGGUUAAUGUUCCUGUCUCUCCAACAAGAACAACGAGGAGAAUACACGAGGUUAGCCGAGCAUGAACAAGGGAAGAUCCGAUGCGACAACCACUCGGAAAAUUUUCAUAGUGCUCGCAUCGCAAGAAUUUCGCGUCCAAUAAAUUCCUAGUUGCAGAACAAAGGGAAAAUGUCGGCCGAGGUGAGAGCUGGUCGACCUACCAUGCCCACGAUUCCGCACUCCAAAAGGCCUACAAUCUUGGUAUAUCCGACGGUUACGCCAGAGAGCAUAAUCAUCCCCAUCGUGUCCUGUAUUCUGGGGUUUCCAUUGCUGGCGUUGAUGGUAAUUUGCUGCCUACGGAGGAGAGCGAAACUCGCCAGGGAACGAGCCCGGCGAAGAAACUGUGAUUUGGAUCAUGGCGCAUUGAGCCUUGUCCGUUUCAGCCCGGUUCAUCGCCUAGCAUCAAAAGAGGAUUUAGCUGGCGUCGAUCGACCGGCACGUACGGUGUCCUUAAGGAGCGAUAGAGGAUCCCGAGCUUUCUCAUCCCUGGAGCUGGACACCGUCGUCGAGGAGCGUUCAGAUCCAGAGCAGAGCACGGCCCUCGAAUUAAGUAGUCCUGACUAGCAUCCGGACUUGGCACCGUCGAGGUCCCCACGACCAUCGAAAUCCUUGGCGGUGCCGUUGCCUGUGGAUCACAGCCCGUUAUGGACAGCUUUGACACACGCUAAUGCGGUCUCCGCGGCGUUAGGAGAUACCUAGCAGGAGGUGGAAGACGGCAGCUUAAUCGAAGCUCUCGUCCUGGAUCUGCCAAUCAUUUACUGACCGGCCUCACUGAAAAUAGACGUCUUAAUGGAGCACCGGAAGGAAGCUGGACGUCCUUACUCAAGCACUACCAUAUCGCGAUGAAGAUCGCGCGAAAUAUCAGAAGAAAAAAAUACAAUACCUCUGUGUCGAGAGAGAAGUAAAUAAAACAAGUUUACAAAACAAAGCGAUGUUCGCAAAGUAGAGCAUCGUACGAUCCUUUUGUGUGAAUGUGUGUGCGUAUGUAUGUAUGUAUGCGGCGACUAAACAAACUUGCGACCGAAAUUUUAUACCAUUUGCUCGCGAUUUACCUGCGAGUAGAGCUUUUUACACGACAGUUACAAUCCAAAACGUAUCCGGUCACUACUGUAGGAAGUAGCUGGUCUACGAGACUAAUAUAUCGAUGUAAAUACAGAUUUUUAAUUAAUGUACAAAACGAAAUUACAUGAAUAAAGUUAUUAUUCGUGGCUGUA